CCCAGGCAGCGAAUGUACCACGUGACAUGGAGAGUCCAAUCGAGUUUUAGAAACGUGGUGAUAUAAUUCUUGACGUCAUCAUCCUCCAUUUUGGACGAGAGAUAGAGAGGUGGAAGAUUCAAGAUGGGUAGAAGACCCGCACGAUGUUAUCGUUACUGUAAGAAUAAGCCGUAUCCAAAAUCUCGUUUCUGUCGUGGUGUUCCUGAUCCGAAGAUUCGUAUUUUUGAUUUGGGAAGAAAGAAAGCUAAAGUAGAUGAAUUUCCGUUGUGUGUUCAUCUAGUAUCUCGAGAAUUUGAGCAGAUAUCCUCGGAGGCUUUGGAAGCGGGACGUAUCUGCGCCAAUAAAUAUCUUGUGAAGACUUGCGGCAAAGAUGCUUUUCACUUGAGAAUGCGGCUUCAUCCUUUCCACGUUAUUCGUAUAAAUAAGAUGUUGUCAUGUGCAGGUGCUGAUAGAUUGCAGACCGGGAUGCGCGGUGCCUUUGGGAAACCGCAGGGAACAGUGGCUCGCGUUCACAUCGGACAGAUGAUCAUGUCCGUUCGGGCCAAGGAAGCCCACAAGGAGAAUGUCAUCGAAGCACUCAGGAGAGCCAAAUUUAAAUUCCCCGGCCGUCAAAAGAUUGCCGUAUCCAAGAAGUGGGGUUUCACCAAGUGGGAUCUGGAAGACUACGAGAAGAUGAGAGCCGACGGAAGGCUGAAACCCGAUGGAUGUUACUGUCACUAUCGAAACAAUCACGGUCCCCUAGCCAGAUGGGAACACAUCCAACGUGAACUCCAGGGUCUAGAAUAAGUUUUUUGCAAUCUGUGUAUCUAGGAGGUUCUGGACUGUGUUAAAAAUAAAGUAUCAAAGUGAAUUAA